UCGACUGCAAGUGUCAGACAAUCAAGGCGAUUCACAACAGAGAUUUCAACAUGCAGGUUAAGGCAAACGCGCUGAAUCAUAUUGAUAGUUCAGUUCCACCGGAGGUGACACAAACUCAUCAACCGGAAGUAACACAGAACCAGAACAUCCUCUACUCCGGCGGGGAGUCGUUCGGGCUUCGUGAUGCUGGCUGUAACCCGCAUUAUGGAUCGGAACUCCUACAGGAGUCAAUCAACAAUAACUACGUCACUGAUCCCACAUAUGACGUUACAAAACAGCUGACCAGCUUCACCGACAACACUUACUUCACUACAGGGCAGAUGACACCUCUUCCAUCUACUUCUCCUGUGCUACGGCCCCUGGCAACGACUCCCCGGUCUGUAUCCUCGGAUGGGGCCUCAGACAGAUCUUGUGAAGAAGAAGAACUCAUUGAUGUGGUCAAUGACUCACUCGGAACUUCGAUUGGGAGUGAUUCACUCGGAACCUCUCGUUCGACAGAUACUUCUUGCAAAGAGACCGAUAUUUCCAUGUCCACCCAGAGUUCCCUGUCGGAGCAGUCUCCUUGUUCCGGAAGUCUGACGACGUCAUCACCGGAACAAUGUGUUUCAGUGACCCCUGAGUCUGCGCAAACGUCUAAAACAAAGAAAAGAACCAACUACUCGCCCAGCCAAGUCCAAGCUUUGGAGAAGGUGUUCCUUGAAAAUCCCUACCCAGAUUCAGAACUCAUGGAGGAAAUGUCACGUGACCUUGGCAUUGCUGAAUCUAAAAUCAAGGUGUGGUUCCAGAACAAGCGAGCUCGCUGGCGUAAGAGGGUACAGGAUGACAAGCGUAUGAUGCCGUACGACCAUCGGGCCUUCCCUUCUCCCUUCAUGUCGCCCUUGUCCCCGGUCAUGUCCCCUAUCGCUUCUUACGGAUUCCUGCCCGGAAGUCCCAUGCUUGGAUCACCUUCCUCGCCGUCUCAAGUCGUACCGGGGCCCAUGAUGCCUUUCCACCGACCACCUACGUCACCAAACUCACCGCUAGCCAACCAAAAACAGCCGUCACCGAUGACGCCACCUUUCCAGCAACGCCCACAACUGCCACCAUAUUUUUACUCGUUUCCUUAUGGGAUGUACCCGCCAUAUUUCUGUGGAUAGGGGAGCUAACUCCUACAACAUCUUUGUUAUAUUGUGAGCGAGCUAAUGAUGAAAGCGGAAGAUGUGUAAAAAUGGACGCGUGUUUAAAAACCUUGUUAUUUUGUUAUGUUUGUUAACUUUUGACCUAAGUGCAAAUGAAUAUCAUAUAUAUUGUAUAUAUGUUUGUGUGUCUAUUACACAUCACGUGACACAAUUAAGACGUGUGUCACUUCGAAAAAUGCCAAAAUUUUGUAAAUAUGCUUCACAGAUGUAAAUACAGUGCGUAUUUACUCAGUGUAUGGCACUGUAUAUAUAGGAUCUAAUUGAAU